UCCCAAGCAGCUGGGAGGCUAGGAAUAAAAACGGGGAGCAGAGAAGGGCCAGAGACACGACGAGGUUUCCCGUUCCCCGCUCCUCACCAGGCCUCUUUCCCUUUGAGUGGUUGGAGAGGGGGUGUCAAACUCAAAUGUCGUUGAGGGCCGCAUCAGGGUUGCUUUUGACUUCAGGGGGCUGGGAUGGGCGAUGGACAGGAUGGGCGUGGCCAGCUUGACGUCACUCGUGUCGAGGGUGCUCUGCCAGUGAAAACGGGCUCCCGAGUUGCAUUUUGUUCUGACCUAGGUUUCCUGAGAAAGCAUAAAUCCCAAUCUCAGUCCCAAAGAGCCUCUUUUAUUUAGACCGCUGUGAAUUAUGGUCACUCACAGCCCCUAGUGAUUCACAAACAGCCUGUGAAGAUCCCGACAGAUGCCUGCUCGAGUUGCCACAGCCUUUCAGGGUAAAUGUUUCCAUUUCCUUAUGGAGAGGAAGGAGUUUGAAGCAUGGCUUGAUAACCUGUCUGUCACGUUUCUCUCUCUGGUGGACUUGCAGAAAAAUGAGGCGCUGGACCACCUGAUUGCCUUGAGCGGGGCCGCUCAGCUAAAGCACCUCUCCAACAACCUCGAGGCGCUUCUCAAGCGGGACUUCCUCAAACUGCUCCCGCUGGAGCUGAGUUUCUAUUUGCUAAAAUGGCUCGACCCGCAGACCUUACUCACCUGUUGCCUCGUCUCUAAGCAAUGGAACAAGGUGAUCAGCGCCUGCCUGGAGGUGUGGCAGGGGGCCUGUCGUAACCUCGGCUGGCAGAUCGAUGACUCUCUCCAGGAGGCCCUGCACUGGAAGAAGGUCUACUUGAAGGCCAUCCUGAGGAUGAAGCAGCUGGAGAACCACCAGGCUUUCGAGACCUCCUCGUUGAUUGGACACAGUGCCAGGGUCUACGCACUUUACUAUAAAGACGGACUCCUUUGUACAGGCUCAGAUGACUUGUCGGCCAAGCUGUGGGACGUGAGCACGGGUCAGUGCAUCUACGGCAUCCAGACCCAUACCUGUGCGGCGGUCAAGUUCGAUGAGCAGAAGCUGGUCACCGGCUCCUUCGAUAACACCGUCGCCUGCUGGGAAUGGAGCUCGGGAGCCAAGACCCAGCAUUUCCGAGGCCACACCGGGGCAGUUUUCAGUGUGGAUUACAACGACGAACUGGAUAUCCUGGUCAGCGGUUCAGCGGAUUUCACGGUGAAAGUGUGGGCCUUAUCGACCAGCUUCUGCCUCAACACAUUGACCGGACACACGGAGUGGGUCACAAAGGUGGUCUUACAAGAGAGCAAAGUCAAAUCCCUCAUGCAUAGCCCUGGUGAUUACAUUCUUUUAAGCGCGGAUAAAUAUGAAAUCAAGAUCUGGCCAAUCGGAAGAGAGAUCAACUGCAAAUGUCUGAAAACCUUGACGGUUUCCGAAGACCGAAGUAUCUCUUUGCAGCCUCGGCUCCACUUCGACGGGAAAUACAUUGUGUGCAGCUCGGCAAUCGGGCUCUACCAGUGGGACUUCGCCAGCUACGAUAUCCUCAGGGUUAUCAAACCACCUGAAUUUGCAAACUUGUCCUUGUUGGGCUUCGGUGACAUUUUCGCCCUCCUGUUUGAUAAUCACUACCUGUACAUCAUGGACCUGAGGACAGAAAAAACGAUCAGCCGUUGGCCGCUGCCGGAAUACCGGAAGUCGAAGCGGGGUUCGAGCUUCUUGGCGGGAGAGAUGGCUUGGCUGGAUGGCUUGGACGGUGAGAACGACAUGGGCUUGGUGUUCGCCACCAGCAUGCCUGACCACAGCAUUCACCUGGUCUUGUGGAAGGAACAUGGCUGAACUUGGCCAAAGACUCUGGAAGGUGGAUUUAUAUAUAUAUAUAUAAUAAAUAAAUAUAUAUAUAUAUAAAUAAUAAUUUAAAAAAAGAGAGAGAACGGAGACUGCCAGCAACGAAUCCAAGGGACGAUGCUUUGCAUGAACCAAAGUUAACAAGAGGUUUCAUCCUGCAACGCACAAUCGGUUUUUUUUUUUUAACCAUUUUUCUUUUCCAAUGCCAUUUUGGAAAGUAGCGGGACGGGGAAGACGAACCCUCCCCGUACAGAAGCCUGUUGAAUUUCUUUCUUUUUUCUCAGAAUGAAGGUAUCCCAGCAUCUUAA